AUGCCGAGCUGGAGUAGGAAGGCAACAGCAGGCCCUGGCGAGACAGGGAGCGAUGGGACUGGAACCUGGGUGUCCGACGCAAGCGCCAGCAUCAUCCCAUUUGUUCGCGAGGCGGAGAGGUUCCACGGGAGCACGCUGGCAUCACUGCGCGGUGAGCUUCAGCUGGGACGUGGCCGCCCUCUUGACACGGAAUUGCCGGUGCAUUGCCUCCGGUGGACGCACGACACGAUCAACGGCCAGAUGGUCUUCGGCACGGGCAGGGCGCAGGACCGCUCAGUCUACGAACUUCUUCACCAGCUGCUCACUGGGGAGGUGAAGCCGCAGAACAUCACGCCUCUGACUGUCGUGCUUGAUGGUGACCGUCUCUAUUCGAUUUCAAACAGGCGCCUGACGGCGUUGAAGAUGUUUCAGGCAGUCCAUGCACACGAGGUGGUGCGUGUAAAUUGUUCGCUCUACGACGCGCAGGACACCGAGAUCCGUGCAAAGUACCGGGAGGCGAAGACAACGACGAAGCACUUCGGCGACGGCGUCGGGGUGCGCCUGUACAGAGCGCAGGAGGCCUACCACAUGGGCGCACCCCUGUUCCGCAGCGAGCGGGAGUGGUGCGACGCCCCGGGCGGCGACCCAGCCCCGCCGCGAGCGGCUCGCAGCACGGCCAGAAGCACGCCAGACGACGCAUCGACUCCGUCGUCCUCCCAGGCCUCCACUCCGCCGGUGCGCGGCGACGCCGCGGCCGAGCACGUUACGCCCCCGCCGCCCGCCGCCGCGACCACGGCGUUGCCUCCACCUCCGCCGCCAGCCGCGGCGCCGCCACCAGAGCCGCCAAAGCCGCGGCGGUGCCCGCCACCGCCGCCCAAGCUGGCGACAGGUGGGGCGCCGCCUGGGCCGAGCGGACCACCGGGUGCGAAGGCUCCGCCGCCUGCGAGGCUGCCAGGGCAGUGCGAGGACGGCCCUUCUGCGCAGCCGCCCGCACCGUGUGCAAUGACCCCGCCGCCCACAUAUUGCGUGGCCAAGCCGCCGCCGCCGUCUGCGCAGGCCAGAGCGCCACCCGCAGUGGAUUCCCAGGACGUGCCUUGCAAGGACGUGCCUUGCAAGGCUCCGCCGCCGCUCGGCCUCUCUGCGCAGCCGCCUCUCGUUUGUGCUAAGCCCCCGCCGCCCAGCGUGGACAAGCCGCCUCCGCCGUCUGCGCCUGCGGAGCCGGCGCCUGCCACGGGGCCGCCAUCCGCGCCGCCCGCGGCGGAGGCGCCCCGCGCCCUCCCGCCGUGCAGCGCGCACUCCGACGAGCUGCCGCUCGCAGAGCGCAGGCCGCCGCCCCCACCGCCAGGGGCCCCAGCGCGCUGCGCAGGGCCGCCGUGCGCGGCCACCGCUCCGCUCCUCGGCGCUCAGGCGAAGCCCGCGCUGCACCCGCCGCCCCCCCCACCCAAGCCGACGUCUCCCGCCGCGCCAGGUCUUCUGCUGAAAGCGCCGCUGGCGGCUCAACCGAAGCCAGGGCCGCCGUCGCCAUCCGCGACGAGUUGUCCAGCGUUGGGCGCAUCAAGCACUGCGGACCCUUCGCAAGCCCAGACGCCAAGCUCUUCGCCAUCACAUGCUGCAGUUGCGGAGGAGUUGAACGACAUUGUGAUGUGCCAAGCAGUGGAGACGGUCGCUACCAUGCUCGAGAUGGAGCCAACGAAGCGCCUUUACGCCUCGCAGUUAAUGUCCCGUCUCUACUUGACAUUGCCCACUGCCAAAGACGUGCUCAAGAAGAGGGGUGGCUUGAGAGGCCUCUGCAGCGAGUCCCGCGGGCGCUUGCAGCAGUUUGGAGGCGCUAGCGUCGGCAAGCCAGGCACUGAGGAGGUCGCGCUUUGCACGGACUUCGACGCGACCGCACCCUCUGGAAGCAGCCACGAGGCGAGGCCGCGGCCGGCGCGGGCCGCUCCCGCGGCUAUGCAGGGCAACCGGCUGGUGGACGAGGAUUUGGAGCAACUCAGCGACAGCGACCACUCCGACGCAGUGUCCGACGUCGACGAGGCCGCCAUCGGGGAAACGAAGGAUGCCGCGAACGAUGAGACGGAGGAUGAGGCCGACGAGCACGAUGGCCAGCAGAAGGGCGCGUGCGGUGGCUACGAGGAAUUGGUGGAUUUGCAGAAGGAGCUACAGCAGCAGAACCAGUGGCCCUGUAUCUCCGGGUUGAAAGGCAUUCUGGCGUGCGGCGUGUACACGUGCGUCAGCGGCGCCGACUUCAGGGGCCAGCGUACGCGUGGCGAGUUGCUGGUGGAGCAGGGUCCGUCGGCCAUGCGCGGGUGCCGCGUGUUCAUCAAGGGCUCGCAUUGCCGCAAUCGCGCCUACCAUUUCGAUCGCUGCUGGGUGCGGAUACUCCUGGCCCGGAUUCCCUCACGGAGCGAUUGCCCAACGUCCAAGACUUCUGUCUGGGAUGCCGCAGCUGCUGAGCGCACAGUCCUGUUCGGGAAAGUCGUGCGAGCCGAGGAGCACGGCGUCCCGAGGCAGAG